AGGCAUUGUGGGAAGUCCAUAUCCAACCACAAACAACAAUUUUCUAGUGCGCAUUCGCUAUUUCCACGAAUUUCUUGUAUCAAAGCGAUUCCUAUUAUUCUUCGAACUUGAUCUACUACAUAGACUAUGAAGAACUGAUCUCUCGAAGUUUUUAGUUGAUCAUCAUGGAACAAACGGUCAAAGUGAAGGCCACAUACAACAACAUCAGCCGUCGAUUUGAAAUUCCUUCCUGCGUGGAAUGGAGUUCUUUUCACGCUUUGCUGCAAGAUUAUUUUGGGUUUGAAGAAAGCUGUUCUACGAAGUACGUCGAUGAUGAAAGCGAAUUGGUCCUUCUGAACAGCCAAGCUGAGCUUGAUGAGGCAAUAAGGCUCAUCCAAAGGAACAGCAAGCUGUUGCGGAUAUUUGUUGAAGAUCAUGGCUCAGGGAAUGGUGGCAAACAAGAGAAACAAGAGAAGAAAUCCAAGUCCUGCUAUGGUGCUUUGGCAACUGAAAUGGCAUCUCAGUUACAAGCCACACACCCUCAAGUCAGUCCAGAGGGUCACUUGCAUGAAGCAGAUCCCCCAGUAACACCAACAAAGACAACUGAGACCUGGAAAACUGCAACUCGUAAGAAGACGUCUUGCUAUAGCACUCUGGCAACUGAAAUGGCAUCCCAUUUACAAGCCACAAGCUCUCCAGUCGUAAUCUCAAAUGGACACAAUGCUUCUGCGAAUAUCCCCAAAACAACAAAGAUCACACAACCAACAGCCCAAAAGAAGACAUCCCAACCUUGCUUCAGCACACUGGCAACUCAAAUGGCAUCAGAGUUACAAGCAGUCAAUUGUCCAGCCACAGACCCACAAGGGCCCAGUAAUACUGCAACUAUUCCCAAUACAAAUAACAACAAAGAACCAACAGAGCACAAGAAGACAAAGUCCAAAAGCUGUUACGUGAACCUUGCAGAGAUGAUGGCAACAGAGCUAGCUCAGAUCAGCAAACCAGUGGCUUCACCUGGAGCAGCAGCUAACACAGUGUUGAAAGACCAGUCUGUUGCAACAGACAGUAAACAGAAGAACAGGAAAUGUGCAAAACAGAAGAAACCGUAUACCAUUCUAGCAGAAGAAACGGCCAAGGAGUUUGCAGAAAUGAAUGCUAAUUUGAAAAAAGACGAGGUUCCAGAGCAAAGUGAGAACACAGAAGAAGUAUCUGAAGAGCAAACAGCUUCAAAGAACUCACACAACUCUCCACUUAGCCCAAUAUCGACUCCAUUGGUCACGCCUGACGCAGGCUUCCCCAUCACUGGGUCAACAACAGCAAAAGCUCCUGACCUUACAGCUCUUAAUGUGCAGUUACAACGAUUGAAGCUGGAGAGGGCAACUAAUGAGGAGAAAGAAGAUGUUGAGGAAAAGAAAGAGAAAGAGGAAGAGACCAGUCUCAAUGCCAACCUGGGGAUAUUCAAUGCAAGCGAAAAUGGGCGAAAAGUUGUUACGAAGAAGAGACCAAAUGAUGAAAGGGUGUAUAAUUAUCAGAGGCUGAAGAGAGGCAAGAAACACCCCAAGCAGAAGGGUUGUUAUGCCAGGCUUGCCACAGACGAGGCGCCUCUCUUUGUGACACUGAACAAUCGACUGGUACAACAGCAAAAAGAACCCUGCAUUACACCACCACAAGCAACAGACUCCUCAAGCCCGACAGACUCAUCAAGCCCAACAGACACAUCAAGUCCCACCAUAAGUGAGCCUUUUACCUUUGUUGACCACUCUCAGCUCAGCUCGUACGAAUCCUUUGGUGCAAAUGGUGAUCUGCAGAGUAGUGAUGUGCAGAGCUAUGAUGUGCAGCGUUUGGCUAGUGACCCUGUCAGCUCUGGAGGUGAAUUGAUCUCCUUUGAUGAGCAAAGUGUCUCUGACGGGAAUUUAUCCGUCAGACAGGCCGUCCACGAGUACCUUCAACAGAAGUUGCCUUCAGCCAUACAGAAGACCUUGCACGGUAUGCAGAGCGGCUUAUCAGAUGGCGAAAAAGUUGUUCAUAAAGGGAUAACCUGUGAUCACUGUGAUAACACUAUCAGAGGAAUAAGAUACAAGUGCAGUAACUGCGCCGAUUAUGACCUGUGUGAAACAUGUGAAGCCAUUCCUGGAGUACAUAAUGAAUUGCACGCAUUCCUGAAGCUCCGGUUCCAUGCCCCAGGAAUUGGACUCAAGCAAGGGGAGAUGGUACCGCUCCUACGGCAGUCCCCAUACAGAGACACGAUCAAGGAAGUCAAGAAACGAGUCAAGCAAGAAAAGAAAGAACAAAAAAAGGCUGCAAAGCAGCAGGCAAACACGAUGCGGAAUUUGGAAAGGACAAAGGAGCCCCGUGAUAAGGAAGACAGGGAAGAGGUAGAUGGUGUGAGACAGAUUCCAUGGAUUCAUCAUCAAAAGGAUGGCAAGGAGUGGAAACAACAGUGGAAGGACCUGAAAAAGGUUCAUAAACUGGAAAAACAACAACUUAAGAUGAUGAGACGACGCCGAGCAGAGCUGAGACUGAAUGAGGAGAAAUCGAGAUGUGAUGUCCCACAUGGAGGGCUGAGUAUCGAGUUUGUGACUGACGCUAAUUACCCUGAUGGUUGUGUUGUUUCCCCAGGAGAACAGUUCCUCAAGAGAUGGAUUGUGAGGAAUGACGGCAUGGUACCUUGGAGCUCAAAGAUGACGCUUCAGUGUCUUCAGGGGAGCAUCCCUAUUUCUGCUGCACCAGCAGUGUCUGCCCCUGAGAUUCAUCCAGGCGAAGAAGGAGAGAUCGCAGUCUCCUUCAUUGCACCAGAUGCCUUUGGUUCUUACGAUAGUAAAUGGCAGUUUGUCUUGGAUGGACGAAAUGUUGGGCCACUGUUUUGGUGUGAGAUCCAAGUUCCAUCUUCCCAAGCAAAACUUGUAGACCUUGAUGUUGCUUCUGAGUGUGCAGUCCUUGCAGACAUUCCUGAUGGACCACCUCCUACCCAUGAUGCACACUCCUUGAGUAAUGCCGCCCUGAGUGACUGGGUGAGUCGGGAGGAACUCCUCAGUAUGGUGAAGACCUCUUCCGAUGACAAUGAUGACAAGUCUGAAUACCAUAGCUCUGAGGAGCUGCCCCCACCCGACACUGGCAUCCCAGGUAACGACUCUUGUGUGAUGGUAGAAUCAUUCACUGCGUCAGAGACUGCACAGCAACCCUCUGAUGUUCAGGAUCUGGAGUGGGACGAACUUGGCUGGUCCCUAGAUGAUGGGGUGUACACUGAUUCGUCAGACGACUUAGUGGUUGUACCCGUACCGGCAUGCUUCCACACCAACACGCCCUUGACUGCUGCUCCAGUCAUUGAGAGAGUCAGUAAGCGGAAAUGCAGUGGUAGAAGGAAUAGUUUGCCUUUCUCGCUGGAAAGUAGCGAGCAGAUGAUUACUGAUGGCCCUUCAAGUCUACCAAGCACGACAUUUUCCAUGGAAAUGACCAGUAUUCGGCAAUCCCUAGCAAACUGUGAACAGGGUGUGUCUGAUUCGUCUUCAUCGAUGAAAGGAAAUCUAACAAUCACAACAACAGAUUCAAACAACGAACAAGACUCGCAAAGUAAUCCUGUCACGAUGCCACGAUAUAUCCCCUCUGCUAGUCCGCAUGAGACUGUGAAUCCUUUGCCUCUUCCAAAAAGUGACACUCCACCCAUGCCCAUCGCCUCUGGACAAGUCAAUAUGAGUGAUGACGCACCAGCAGGUUUUGCUAUGGAGCGAGACCAGGCAACACCCCCUAUCUCUACUCAACCUACUGUUGGCAGCGACGAGGUGAUCCCCGCCCCUCCAACUAGAAGCCCAGUCAACACCGUUCCCUCGCACGUCACCAUCCCCAGGGGCAACGCCGACAGCAAGGAGACCAUGCUGCGGAGAGAGGCGGACAUCUCCGGACAUUUCGCCGAUGCGCUGGCCUCGGCAAUUGAUGCUGUCACUACCGUGGGACGCGCUGCAAUGGAAACAGUAGGGGAUCUGAUCACUGGUCGAGAGGAUGGCUCGGCAGCUUACCAUCAGAGCGGGGAUGUUGAGGUGAAUGUCGGCCAGCACAAUACCCUGGAUGCCCCUGUUCCACCCACCGUGGUAUGGCCACCAUCCGGUGCUGUGGGACUCACAAACAUGGACCGACUCAUAGAGAUGGGGUUUGCCGACCGCCGGCUAAAUCAGAAAAUCCUGAACAAGCACAAAAAUCGCCUUGAUGCCGCCAUCAAUGAGCUGCUCUCUCUCAGCGAGAAUGACUGGGCUCUAGAGAGGCAUUGAGCACACCGGGCUUGUAACACGCAUAUACCAUGGCGUAACACCCAUAUACUAUGGCGUACCUUAAUAAACCGCACGCACACAGCUUUUAAUUAAAGUUGCCUCAUAAAUCAAAAAAAACUUUAAGGCCGUCUGGGAAGGUGUUUUCUUGUUUAUUUAGUUUAUAGUGAAUGAUGUUUCUAGCCUCGCAUUCAACAUUUUUAGGGCUAUUAGUCCCCAAAGAAAAAAAACAACAACAACAAAUGGAGGGAGAGAAGACUAAAAUAAUAGAAAUCCGAGCACUGAACUUUCCUUUUUUUCUACCAAUUGAAGGUUAUAAAAACGCCUACCGUUUGAUAGGCGUUGAGGUGUUAAGCAUUAUACAAGGAUUAAGAGUGCAGUUUGUAGGGUGGUUGGGACAAUCUGUCCACUUUGCAAGAGAUUAACAGGUAUAUAAAAAUAGUAUAGGGGUAAGCCUCAAAUAAUGGGAUUCUUGUAUUAGAAAAAUAAAUUGAUAAAGAUAUAAACGCCUACAAUUAAUGAUAGUAAUAAAGACUGUAACGCUA